ACUUAGGCUUGCCUUUGAGCGGCAAGACAUCUUGUUUUGCAUUUUUUUCACCUUAUGUGGUCAAUAAUUAUCUAAAAGGCAUUUUAACUUUAGCUCAAGAUUGUGGACCCAGUGAACAUGGUGAAGACGUAUAGGGCUAUGGAUGUCUAGCUCUCCGAGGACUAGUCGUUAUGACCUCCGCCCAAGGAAGGACUCUCCAGAUGAGAGGCCAACCUUUGGGAAAGAAACUUCAGAGGCCAACAGUCAGUCAGAGGGCUCAGACACAGAAGAGGCAACUCCUGAUCUUAAUGAAAUAGCUGUCAAAAGUCAAGACGUUGAGUCCACAGACACAUCAGCCGAUGAAACAGACGCUGGGGUUUCUUGCAUAUCUGCUGGAACUGUUAAAGAUGAAAGCCAUCAUACUGAUAAAUCAGAUAUCAAAACAAAGUAUGCAAGCACAGAGAAGUACGAUUCAAGGCAGUACAAAGAAAACCAGAGUACCCCAUUUUCACCUCCAGUGGGCCGCACAGAAAAAUCCAAAAAUAUCUCAUGUUUGCUACAAAUUAUCGUCUUAUGUCUUGCAAUAUGCAUUCCUUUCGUUUUCAAGUUUAUAUUUGGCAUCAAUGAGUUAAACUUUGCUCACUCAAAAAACCAGAACCAAUUUUCUGACAGGCCAGUGGCAUAUCGCUUGGGCAACUUGACCACCGAGUUAGAACAUUUAACAGCAAAGUAUGCUAAUUUGGACAUCAGUUUCUGGGAUGUCAUCGCAGGGGCAUCUUGGGGCCACAUACAAGGAGAUGUGACAUUCAAGCGACCAGUUGUGCUGCUCCUUGUGGGACAACCUAAAUCAGCUAAUCUCGAUGUGGUUGCCAAUGAUGUGGCCAGACUGUACUCGAAUGUCUUCAGCAUGACGGAUGACAGCACUAUGUACAUCGAUGGCGGUUGGCAAGCCAUGAAAGAAGCGGACCAGGCUAAGUUAGAUAUGGACAAUCACCUCAAGAAUGGCUUCAGCAAUGGCAAGAAAGUAGUCCUAAUUCGUCAAUUUGACAAGCUUCCGCCGUGCUCCAUCAUGCUGUUCCACAGCUACUGUGAUAAUGAAAAUGCACCACACAAGGAUGCAGUCAUCAUCUUUACUGUAGAACUUGAGACAACAGUGUCAAGUACAGCCCAGGGAAUAGAGGAACUGGUUCAAGAGCAUCUAGGAAACAUUUGGGCUCAGUGCAAAGAAGAACUGCUGCAAGACAAGAUCAUGGCAAUGCACAGCAGAGUGUCUAAUAAUAUUGCUUUUGUUAAAUAGACUAUCUCAAUGCCAGUGUUGAUUCAAUAUGUAUACACUAUGAUUUGUCAAAUGGUAAUUGGAUUGAAUCUGGUGAAUAUUGGAAGAUGAUGCUGAAGUUUUAAAACAAAUUGGUUGCAUGCAACAGCUGAGUCUACACAGUAUCCAAAACUGAAGCAUGGAAUAUCAUUUGGUUUGAUUAUGCAGACAUGGGAAUUAUAAUUUUAUGAGGUGCUUUUUUUGUAAUCCCAAAUAAACAUGAUAAUAUUUAUUUUGAGAGAGUUUUGCACAUCUUAUUUUCAACUUGAUAUGUUUUACAAACUUUUUUUCUGAUUUCAUUUUAUCUUUUUUUUUAAAUAUCAAGUUUACCUCAGAGCAACUCACAUGUAAAAGCAACACGAUUAUAAUUCCCAAUUCAUUAUUUUAAUGUGUUUUAUCUGAAAUAAUUUUGUCCCCAAAAUAGUUUUAAUUCUUCAAUAAGUCUAUUUUUACUCUUUGACUUUUUUUUAAUUUAUGAAUGAAAAUAUUGAUGAAUUUAGAAUAGAAAUCCAAACUCAUUCAGUCAUACAUGUAGGUACACUGUAUAAUACCAUACACCUCUUACUUUUUAUCAUUAUCUCCAUUCUCCAAUCAUGUAAUCGACUAAUCAAUGUAGUUUUCUUUUGAUUGGAAAUUUACUGUGAAAGUACAUGUACGAUGUACCUGUUAGUACAUGUUCUUAAACCUCUCACUGAAUAAUUAGAUCUAAGUUGAUUCCCAUGCACACACAAAUUAUAAUCUACUUAAAGACCUUUUCAAAAUCUUUACCUUGUCUGUACACAUGUCCUUGGAAUUCAUUAUUUUCAUGUGUUGAGACACACACUGAUUUCAAUGAAUUUGUCAAUCACAAGAAAAAGAAAAUUGAAGUAUUUUCGUACUGUUCUGUACAAAUGUGAUUUACACGUAAACAGAUCGUGUUGCCCAAGUCAAAUAUCACAGUACCACAGAAAUCUGUUGGACUUAUGACAAAUUCACCUUAUCAGAGGUAUAUAACUCCUUUACCUUAUUUUUCAUAAUCUGGUAUAAAGAAAAUGCUUAAACUAGGGUGAAUAUUUAAUCCAUAAUUUCCUUUGUAAAAAUCAUUUUACCUCAUGCUUUCUGUAUUAUAUCCAGAAUUCACCUGUUAACAAAUUU